CGUUUGACAUAGGUACCUCAAUUAACCACUUUGAGGUUGAGCAGCUUCCCGCUAAAACGUCACUCAUGUCGGUGACACACUGGACUUGGUCCAUGCUGCUGUACGCCAUCACUAGCUGGCAGGCCUGGACCUUGGCUGCGGUAAUGCUCUACGUAGCCUUCCAGCUCCAUUUCUUACCUGAAGGACUGGCACGAGUCGUGGCUCGCGUGUACUUCUACCCGACGUGGCCGCUGACGUACCUUUCGCGACGAAAAAACUACUGGACGUUGGUGGAUUCUCAUGUCUUGUUGGGGGCCGCGCCGAUGUCCUUCAUGCCUCAUGUGGACGCUCUAGUGUCUCGUGGUGUCCGCGCAGUUGUCAACUUGUGCGACGAGUAUGCUGGACCCGAGAAGCAGUACAGACGCCAACAUAUUCAACAGCUCCACCUCCCUACUGUGGACCACUCGGAGCCUUCUUUGGCAGCGCUGGAAGCGGCUGUGGCCUUCAUUCGCACUCAAAAGCAGCGGGGAGUGAGGACCUACGUGCACUGCAAAGGAGGAACCGGACGCAGUGCUGCUGUGGCGCUGUGCUGGUUGGUUGCUAACCGGGGAAUGACUCCGCUCGAGGCGCAAGACUACCUCAAUGAGAAGCGCCAUGUUCGAAAGUCACUCUACCUGCAGCCAAAUGUGCUUGCGUUCUGCAACAAGAUUCAGACGCCCAAGUCAAGCGACAAGCAGGAACGGUCAAAAGUAUCGUCGGACGGAGAAGCAGACGAGUGAAGAUCAGUUGGGACUCACUACUUUUAAGUACAAUGACUACUUACACUACAGUAGACAUAAGUUCAUUCUAACGUGUAUGGCAUUGAGAACGAUA